CUCAACAAUGAGUCCUAAUCGCAACCAGUUUCUCAGUCAACGUCACUGCCAAACCUUCGCGGACCCUAUUCCUAAUCCCUCAACCACGACACAUAAUCACCAUCCCUCUCUCAGUCACCGUCUCCGCCAUGCCAUUGCGAAUUUCUUCAGCGGUCCUCACAGCCCAAGACUGCCAACCCACAGUCGACCAGCAACAACAGCAACAAUGAAAAUUCCCCAGGGGGUUCGUCAUCAGGCAAGGCAUCAAGAUUUUCUUGGAUCCAAUUCCCCCAAUGCCCCCGCCGAUCCAGGUACCUCUUCUCAGGCGCACUAUCCUUGA